AUGCCCCCUCCACUGCCCCCUCCGCGCCAGCUGGCUCUCCCCGCCCAGCUGGCGUCCCCGCCGGGCGGGCCGACUCAGGGACCGGGGCCCCGCCGGCGCGCCCGCUGGGUCUUAGCGCCGGGCACUGGGGUCAGCAACAAGGGGUGGUGGCUUGGAAAGCCCAACGGUGACCUCGUGCCCUUGCGGGUCUUCCUCUUGGCAGAUGGCCCCAGGUCUCUCAGGCCCCCUGGGGUAAGGGUGAGGGUAAACCUGGAGUUCUUUGUGAUUCUUUCCUCCGACUCUAUCACUAUCAGCCUGGCCUCGUCCCGCUAUUCCACUCCGCCUCCCCUGCCCCGCCAGCUCAGUCUCCCCAGCCCCCAUUCCACGUGGACCAGCCAGUGCAGGGGUGGGGAUGGAGGACAGGAAGAGGGGGAGUCAGCUCUGGGAGGAGGAGAGGGGAAAGGAGUCUGGCGGCAGCGACUCUCUCGCUUCGCCCUCACCGCAGGCCUUCCCAAGCUCCAGGCAGCAUGCUCCGCGCGGGGGCCCCCCAGCCACACCCUCCGCCGGCUCCCCCUACUGUCGCCGCCGCCGCUGCUGCUGCUGCUGCUGCUGCUGCUGCUACUACUGGUGCAGGCCGUGAGGAGGGGGCUGGGCCGCGCCAGUCUGGCCGGCGCCCUCCUGGAAGAAGUGGUUAUCCAGAGGUACCACAUCCCCAGGGCCUGUCCCCAGGAGGUGCAGAUGGGGUAUUUUGUCUGCUACCACUACAACGGCACUUUCGAGGAUGGCAAGAAGUUUGACUCGAGCUAUGACCGCCACACCUUGGUGGCCAUUGUGGUGGGCGUGGGACAUCUCAUCACCAGCAUGGACCGAGGCCUCAUGGGCAUGUGUGUCAAUGAGCGGCAACGCCUCAUUGUGCCUCCGCACUUGGGCUACUUGGGCUGCACCAAACACAGCAGUGCUCAUUCCCCUGAUGCCACCCACUACUUUGACAUGGUCCUGCUGGAUGUGUGGAAAAAGGCGGACACCGUGCAGGUGAGCACCUAGCUGCGCCCACCCCAUUGCCCCCGCGUGGCCCAGGACAGUGACUGUGUCCACUACCACUACAACGGCACCGCCUUUGACAAAAGCUAUAGCAGGGGCAGAACUUAUGACACCUACGUGGCCUCUGGAUGGCUCAUUAAGGGCAUGGGCCAGGGGCUGCUGGGCAUGUGUCCAGGGAGAAGAAAGGUGAUCAUCCUUCCAUUCCUGGCCUAUGGCGAGAAAGGCUAUGCGACUGUGAUCCCCCCGCAGGCCUCCCUGGUCUUCCAUGUCCUACUGAUUGACGUCCACAACCCAAAGGACACCAUCCAGCUGGGGACACUGGAGCUGCCACCUGGCUGCGUCCUGAGAGCCGUAGCCGGGGACUUCAUGCGUUACCACUACAAUAGCUCCCUGUUCAAUGGCACCCUCUUUGAUUCCAGCUACUCCCACAACCACACCUACAAUACCUUCGUGGGGCAGGGUUACAUCAUCCCCGGGAUGGACCAGCGGUUACAGGGCUCGUGCAUGGGGGAGCGCCGGAGGAUCACCCUCCCCACACACCUCGCCUAUGGGGAGAACGGGACUGGUAGGCUUGUUCCCUGAUCCCAGCCAGCACCUCAGCUCCUCCUGACCUCCCCUUGACGGGGGGAUUCCAGCUGAUGCUCUGCCCCCACCCCAGCUUCUGCCACAUGGACUCCAUCCUUUUCUCCAGGGCAGUCUCCCACUUCCUCCUUCCACACUGGAGAAGGGCAGCCGACCCUGAGUUUGAGAGGGAGGGUGGUUACGGGAGACCAGAAACAGCAUAGCCCUAGAGGCAAAGACACCUGGACUUGAGACCUAGCUUUGCUGGAUGCCUCAGUGUGCUCACUUGUAAAAUGGGACUAAUCACAUAGCCCAACAGGGUAAAUUAUUGGGACGUUCCAAGGUGUAUGUAAAGGGCUUUCUAACUGGCAUGCUCUCCCUCCCCUCCACUGCCUCCCCACCGCCAGAGUAUAUUAGAAGAGGGGACUAGGUAGACAAACAUCCCACCCCAUCCUCGUUUAAACCCCCUGGCAGGGAAGGUCUGGGGCCUCUGUGGAGGCCUGAGGCCCACUAGACAAGAUCCCUGGCUCCGCUGGGCUGAUGUUUGAUGUCCACAUCAUCGACUUCCACAACCCUGCGGAUCCAGUGGAAAUCAAGACACUGUCCCAGCCCGCCGAGACCUGCAACGAGACGGCCAAGCCUGGGGACUUUGUCCACUACCACUAUAACUGCUCUCUGCUGGAUGGCACCAGGCUCUUCUCCUCGUGGAUCCAAGGCAGGGCAAGGGCUGGGCAGCUCAGGGGGUCCCUGGCAGUGCGGUGCUGCUGUUUGAGGUGAAGCUGGUGUCCCAGGAGGAUGGGCUGCCUACAGGCUACCUGUUUGUGUGGCAUGAGGACCCUCCUGCCAACUUGUUUGAAGACCUGGACCUCAACAAGGAUGGCGAGGUCCCCCUGGAGGAGUCCUUACUGACUGGCCUCCGCCCAGGAGCCCCUGCCAAGGCCACCUGCAGCUGCUCAGGCCAGGCGCUUGCUCAGUCUCCCCUUCCUUGGCUCUCUGGCCGUUCUCCACCUUCAUCAAGGCUAAAGUCAGUGAAGGCAAAGGAUGCCUCCUGCCUGGCCAGGACCCUGAGAAAACCGUAGGAGACAUUUUCCAGAAUCAGGACUGCAACAAGGACGGCAAAAUCACGGGAAAGAGCUCAAGCUGAAGUCAGAUGAAGAUGGGGAGUGCGUCCAUGAGGAGCUCUGAAGGCCAGAGGCCUGGACCCCAAGGCAAAAGCUCAUGUCUGUGGGGACAGUCACCCUCUCCCCUGCUAGGAUGAGAUCUGGAAGACUCUGAAAAGUGGCCAGAGGGAACAGCUCUGGUCUUCCCACUGCCCAAGAGUAAAAUCACAGCACAGACCUCUAUUUGGUUUUUCUCUUUCAACCCCAAACCCCUUCCUUGAAAGUUUUGGAAUUCCAAGGUCAGUCUGGAGUUGGAUGGAGUCUGUGGGUUGGCUGGGGUCAUCGCCGGCCCCUCACCCAGACCUUCCCUCCAUGGCAGCAGACACUGAGCAGGGCCAAGCUCAUUAUUUCUUAAUUUCCUCAAACUCCCCCUUUACCUGUACUUUCCCCCACCAUCCCCACCCCCCCUCCAGCCCCCAGUCCUCUGUCCUCAGCUCCCCAGGAGCAUGCUUUCCUCCCUUGGCUCUGGCUGGUUCCUAAGGAAGGGGGUGGUUUCAGGAGGGCAGCCCUACCUCACCUGUCCUGGUCCCUUCACCUGUCACAUUCCUCCUCCACCUGUCCUUUCCCCCCUACAAAGAGAAGAGGGGGUCAUUGAGGGCUGAGGGUGAGAGGGGGUGGGUAGAGCUCUGCACCCCCAAAAGAUUAAACUGGCAUCAGACCCCUUUCUCCUUUGUGCCAAAUAAAAGACUAAAG